GAGAGAGAGAGCCAUCCUCCCUCCUUGAUCUAGUGCCUCCCCAUCCCCACCCCAGUCCCCAGCAAUGACAAGUGAAGCGGGAGCUCCACCCAAGACUGCACGUCCCUUGACCCUGAAGUCCUCCAGCUCUCUAACCAAAAAGGGAGAUCGAGCGGCCAAAGAGAAGCCGGCAGCUGUUCUGCCACCAGUGGGCGAGGAGGAGUCCAAAAACCCUGAGGAGUACCAGUGCACCGGCGUGCUGGAGACGGACUUCGCGGAGCUCUGCGUGCGAUCCGGCUUCUCCGACUUCCCCAAAGUGGUGCCCCGGCCGCGCCCGCACCCGACCUCCUCCUCCAUGUCGGAUAAGCCCAACCAAGAGGACCAGCGCCUGUCCGCCUCCUGCAGCCUUAACAGCCUGGAGAGCAAGUACGUGUUCUUCCGGCCCACCAUCCAGGUGGAGAUGGAGGCCGAGGACAAGGCGGUGAAGGAGAUCCACAUUCAUGGGUGGAAGGUCGAGGAGCGGAUCCUGUCGGUCUUCUCCAAGUGUCUGCCCCCUCUUACCCAGCUGCAGGCCAUCUACCUGUGGAAGGUGGGGCUCACUGAGAAGACCCUGGGCUCCUUCAUCGCCCUGCUGCCCCUCUGCUCCAUGCUCAGGAAGGUGAGUCUGGAGGGGAAUCCGCUGCCGGAGCAGUCCUAUCACAAGCUCAUGGCACUGGACAGCACGCUCACGCACUUGUCACUGCGGAACAACAAUAUCGAUGACUAUGGUGCGCAGCUCCUGGGCCAGGCUCUGUCCACACUGCAGAACUCCAAUCGCACCCUGGUCUCACUCAACCUGGCCUUCAACCACAUCGGGGAUGAUGGUGCUGGCUACAUUGCAGACGGCCUCCGACUGAAUCGCUCCCUGAUCUGGCUGUCCUUGGCCCACAAUCGUAUUCGGGACAGGGGUGCCCUGAAGUUGGCUGAGGUCCUUCGCCCCUUCGAGCUGACGCACGUGGAGGUGGUGGAGCGCCGUCGUCUGCUGCUGGAGAAAGGCACGCAGGAGAGAUCACGGUCGCCUUCACCCUCUCGACACGGAGACUCCAAAACAGAGCGAGAGAAGAAUCAAAUGAUAGGGGCCAGCAGCAUGGCAUUGGACAAGACAGAAAAGAUGCAGUCGCUGAAGACCUCAAAGGGCCUGAGCAAGAAGAAGGAGAAGUUGGGGGAAUCAUUGAAGAAAGAGGAGAAGUCAGGAUCUGUCCCGUCACAAAUGCAACAAGGAUCCCUUAAGAAAGAAGAUACCUCCAAGGGGGGGAAGGGGAAGGUAACCAUCCCUGAGCAUAAACUAAGCAAGGGCAAGGGGCCCAAGACCAGCAGCAAGGAGAAACGAAGCAUCCUACUGGAAUCUGAGCUGGCUGGAGAAUCGACUGAGAUAGUCAACCCUCUCCUAGAGCCAGUGGAGCACCGAGAUGGGAAAGUGUUCUUAGCCGGAAACAAGGUCCUCCUGCAUCUCAACCUCCUCCGAAACUGCAUUACCGAGGUGGGGCUGGAAGGCUUCCUCACUGCUGUGCAGUACCAGAUCCAGUUCACCAAGCACAAGCACUUUGCCAAGAAUGCUGUAGGGCUGCUGUGGCUGUCUCUUGCAAAAAACUGUUUCUCCAUUCAAAACCCCACGUACAUCAUGAUCCAGGAGCUGAUGAUGCCCAGGGAUCCCAUCAGUAAGGCCAAACCCAAGGAGGAGGAGAACAUGGUGUCCCCCCCAUAG